AGCACAGAAGCAGGAGCGAGAAUAUAGUGGAGGACGUUUGUAAACAUUUUCGAGGUUUCAACUACAGAAACAAAAUCCCAAGUCCCAGAAGAGAAGAGCAGCAACAAAAGAAUAUCGCAAUCUAAGUUAUUCUUAUUUAUAUAUAAUAUAUUUAAAGAGAAACACUGUGUGUUUGUGAUUUUCCUUUUUUUCUCCUUUCCUUUAGAGAACAUGAGUAAUUGGUUGGGAUUUUCUCUGACUCCUCACCUGAGAAUCGAUGAAGGUUUUGUUGGUAGAGAAGACCAAGAACCUCCUUGUUUCUCCACUCCUCAUCAUCAUCAUGAUGACUCUUAUUUGUCCGUCAUGCCUUUGCACUCUGAUGGCUCUCUUUGCGUUAUCGAUCCUUUCAGACGCACUUCUAAUGGAAAUUGGAGAUAUGAAGAUGGAAUGGGAAGUUCAAGCGGUGCAACCGAUCAAGAAGGUCCAAAGCUUGAAGAUUUCUUGGGGAGUUGUUACUCGAACUCUCCAUCUGAUAAUGAUUCUAACAAAGUUGUUUAUUGUGAAGACUUAAACUCUGGAAUUAAUGUUAAUGUAGCUCCAAGUUUCAACUCUAAUGGAAAGAUGGAACCCAAUGAAAAUCUUACAAACCCAUCUGGGAUCAUUGAUUCUAACUCACAGUACUCCCAUCAUCAUCAGUAUCACAACGUUGGCACCCCUGAAGCCGUAAUUUCCAGUGAAUUAACCCAAACUCGCAUCCCUAACCACAAUAUGUACCAUGUUCCUUUUGAGAAUAAAACUUCAGUUUCUGGGUUCAAGUCUUGGCUUAGACAAACACCAUUUUCUGAUGAGAAAUCUCCUGAUAUACAAGUCAAUAACUGUAGCUAUCAAUCUCUCUCUCUCACCAUGAACCCCAGUGGCUCAGAACAAAACAGUGGAGUGGGUGCAAUUUCAGUCCCAUUACAAGGAGUCCCUACAGAUAACCGCAAAAAGGCUGUGGGGAAAACUCUUGCAAGAGAACCGCUUCCUCGCAAAUCUAUUGAUACUUUCGGCCAAAGAACUUCACAGUAUCGUGGUGUCACAAGGCAUAGGUGGACUGGAAGAUAUGAAGCCCAUUUAUGGGACAACAGUUGCAGAAAAGAAGGACAAACAAGGAAAGGAAGGCAAGUUUAUCUUGGUGGAUAUGACAAGGAAGAGAAAGCGGCUAGGGCUUAUGAUUUGGCUGCCUUGAAAUAUUGGGGUUCAACAACUCACAUAAAUUUUCCUUUGAGUACUUAUGAGAAAGAGCUUGAAGAAAUGAAGCACAUGACUAGACAAGAAUUUGUUGCCAAUUUAAGAAGGAAAAGUAGUGGGUUUUCAAGAGGGGCUUCUGUUUACAGGGGAGUGACAAGACACCAUCAGCAUGGAAGGUGGCAAGCUAGAAUUGGAAGGGUUGCUGGCAACAAAGACUUGUACCUUGGAACAUUUAGCACACAAGAGGAAGCUGCAGAAGCCUAUGAUAUUGCUGCAAUCAAAUUUAGGGGGACUAGAGCUGUGACUAAUUUUGAUAUAAGUAGGUAUGAUGUAAAGAGAAUUUGCUCAAGCUUAACACUUCCGGGCACUGACCUUGCGAAGAGAUCACCUAAGGACUCUGCUGCAAUUGCUUUUGAGGAGUACAAUUGUAGUGCCUCUUCAAUGUCGCCUCAGUCUCUUCUUGCCGUGGCGAGCGGUGAAGCAUCUGACAUGCUGUUGCGUAGUAAAAACUCGGAUGAUCAUCAACAACAUCACACGAACACUAAAAAUGAUGCGUGGCCGGUUGCAGCAAGUGGCAGGACUUCAUCUGACCCUCAAAGCCUCAAAUGCUCGGUUGGAUUGGCUACUGAAUUCGGCAUUAGUGGAGACUAUUCUCAAAGCUAUUACUCAUUUCAGGGACCAAAGUGUGAAAAUGGCGACACAGGAAGUGACCAUGCAAGUAACAGCAGGCUUACAAAUGUGGGACUGGUUCAUCAAGUCCCCUUGUUUGCUCUUUGGAAUGAGUAAAAGGUUUUGCUUUAAAAAAAAAAAACAAGUUAGGGUACGUAGAAGAAAGUAGUUCACAGUGGAAGUCCUAAAAUCUAGCUAGAAUAUGUUAACACAAGUAAUCAUGUUUUGAUGAUCAAUUACUGAUUUUGAUUUUUGCAUCAACACUAUUUUGAAAUUUUAGCAGAUGGCAGGUAGAAUUUCGUGCUAGUUUUGUACCAACUUGAAUUUACAUCAAAGUAUGCAACUAA